AUGAGAAGAUCAUUCAGAGAUUGCCUCCGACCGAAAUCGGAAGACAGCACAGUUGAAUCGAACAGGGUGAUAAGCAAUUCUUUGCAUGAUGGCAUUGGACCGCUAGUAGUCUUCGAUAAUAUCAGCAACGAUGAUACAGGAACCGACAUUGUGUUUGUUCACGGGCUUCGCGGGUCCCGGAUAAAUACUUGGUCCAAGGAUAACGUGUUCUGGCCGGAGAAACUUCUACGGGAAGACUUGCAGAAUGUGAGGGUCAUCACAUGGGGAUACGACGCCAGGAUUGCCAACGCUUUUCGACCGGCGAGCCAAGAUAGCUUAUUCGGCCAUUCUAAUACCCUGCUCGAGGAUCUUUCACGACUCCAAAUUGACAUGAACAGGCCGAUUAUUUUCAUUUGCCAUAGCCUUGGCGGUCUCCUAGUCAAGGAAGCACUCAUAACCUCAAGCCAGUAUCAUGCUCAUGAGAGACACCCUCCCGUAGCUGCUAUCUACAGCAAUACGAUUGGAGUGAUCUUCCUGGGAACCCCACAUCGCGGAAGCGGGAAGAGGGCGUACGGCGAAAUUCUAAGUAAAAUAGCCAAGUUGACUCUCCGCCGGCCGAACGCACAGCUCCUUAGGGUUCUAUGGAGUGAUUCGGACGCCAUAGAAAGACAACGCCACGAGUUCACCACAGUUUCAAAGAUGCCAAAGGAAUCUGCUAUAUAUGACGGCUUCAAUGUCCGUCAAGGCGCCAUCAACGCCAACCACAUGGAGAUAGCUAGAUUCGUGUCAAGUACAGACCAAGGUUAUCAGCGGAUUCUUGGGUAUAUCAAGGAGCUUCUCCUAAUCCGAACUCCGGAUAUAAUCGGCGACCUCAAGCUUAGACAGCAAAAACUCCUUGAAUACCUGAGAUUUCCUAGCAUGUUAACGCUAGAAUCCAGUGAUAAACCUGCGCACAUGGGCACGUGUGAUUGGGCCGUAAAGAGCGAGAUCUCGCCCGAAUCACGCGACCCUCCGGCGUUCAUGUCAUGGACGAAGAAUGAGGAGCCGCUCUUCUGGAUAAGCGGAAAAGCGGCCAGCGGCAAAUCUACACUGAUGAAAUAUCUCUACUACAACUCUGAAGUUAAUCGAGGCCUGCGAGAAUGGGCAGGCGAUAAAGAGUUGUUAAAGGUCGGAUACUUCUUCCUUGAUAGCGGAAACGACAUCAUGAAGUGCAGAGAAGGCAUGCUACGGAGCUUUCUUUUCCAAAUACUGGAGAAACGGCGCCAACUCAUCGGCGUUGCAUUCCCAUCCGUUUACAACCAAGACUACCUCCUGGUCGAUGAGCAGGUUAACAGCUGGGCCAAUCUAAGCAGAGCUUUUAUAGCUCUAUUAAAUGGACUGGAGACCUUCAAGGUCUGCCUCUUCAUCGACGGACUAGAUGAGUAUCGGAUGAAAGACCGACUCCACGACUACGCAUCAGACGAACUCGAACUCAUCACAGAAGGUUCCAGUGAUGACGAAGCCUGGGGUAUCAACGAAUGGAUUGUUGAUGGACACAUGGAGAUCGCAAAAUUGAUCUUAUCGGUCAAAGAUCAGCCGAACGUUAAGAUCUGCUGCGCAAGUCGUCAGCUGAACGUUUUCGAAAGCCGCUUCGCCAAAAUCCCGCGUCUACAGAUCCACCACCACACCGCCAAGGCGAUAGAGAAGUAUUGCCAGGAGCGACUCGAGGCUGAUGCUCCUGAUCUAGACAAACGCUCUGAUUUCGCCAAGGCCAUUGCCGAUAAGUCCCUCGGGGUGUUUCUCUGGGUGCGUCUAGUGGUUGACGCUCUUGUCAUCGGGAACGACAAGGGUGACACGGAAUCCGAGCUCUGGCAAGCAUUAGAGAGGAUCCCUCAGAAGCUGAAUGGCAAAGAUGGUCUCUAUAUGAUGAUGUUACAGAAAAUUGCGAGACAAGAUCGAUGCGAAUCCGCGAAGCUUUUCCAACUUGCGAUGUACUGGCACGCUAGUGGCGUCCGUCGUGGAAAUUUGGACAUUCUGACAAUCUGUUUUGCUGGAGAGGGACACCUCGAUGAUAAUGGUAAUAUCAGGGCCAAACAGGACAAGAUAGAUCCCAAGGCCUUGGUGGACCUCCAACCGCAAGUGGCCCAGCGGCAACGCCGCCUCAGAAGCCGUUGCGCGGGGCUGUUAGAAGACACAGGGACGAUCCAGUUCAUGCACUUGACAGCGAAGGAAUUCUUGUCUCAACCGAAGAUGUGGGAUCUCGUUUUCAAAAAGGAGCAUGGGUUUCGUUCCCAUCAAGAAAUCCCCCUAGCCUUGAUGAGCGGCAUUAUUAGGCGCCUGAAGUGCUGCGAGGAGGCAUCCACCGUCUCAGUUCAAAGCUGUAGGCCUCCCCGUUAUCCGACCUGGGUCCAAGACAUGAUAGCAUCGUGCCUGGAGCUCCCUGGCGAAGAUCUAUCUCUAGCUCCCAAUCUAUUCAAGGCUCUCUUGGACGAACUAGAUUACGCAAACCAGAAUCUUGUCAGAAUCGAUGGAGUCACCUGGGUCGAAAUUUUUUGCUGUCCAGCCAAUUCCUCUUCAUUUGGCGAAGUCCGCCCGACAAGUAUGCUUGAGGUGGCCAUGUCUUACCGAUGUCUUAGGCCCUAUGUGAUUCUACAGGUGAGACGAAGGGAAGGUAUUUCGCAGGACCAUUUGGCAAGGCUGCUCAGCAUGGCGUCAUUUGUGACCGAGCUCAUCUAUACUACAGACUGA